AUGUCCAUGAGUGGUGGCGGCUUUGAUUCGCGCAGCAGUGUUGUCUUCUCCGUCACGGUCGCCAUGAUCACCUGCUCGACCGUUUUUGUUUUUUCCCGCAUAGCUUCUCGCGCCGGAAUCGUCAAGAAAGUCCUUCUGGAUGAUUACUUCAUCCUUGUUGCUUGGCUACUCGCCUUUGGCUUGUCCUUCUCUAUAUGCUACGGUUCCUUUGUCGGUCUCGGCCGCCAUGAAGAUGAUGUACCAGAUUCAUGGCAGGGUGCAUUACGACGAUCACAGUAUGCCUUCUCGGUUCUAUACAACCCUGCAUUGAUGGCCGAGAAGACAUCCAUCCUUGUCUUUUAUCUAACUCUAUCAAAGACGAACAUGACCUUCCGCUGGGCCACCAUAGCAACUUUGUUUGUCGUCAAUGCCGCUGGACUUGCUUUGACUCUCGUCACCUUGUUUCAAUGCAACCCUGUCGGCGCCGCCUUCAGGUACCCGGUGCCAGCGACCCAUCACUGCACCGAUAUUAUCACCAUAUACCUCUCAUCGGCUCCUGUCAACAUCAUCACCGACCUCGCCAUCUUGUUUUUACCUAUGCCCAUUCUAACCUCGAUGCGACUACCUCGCAAGCAAAAAACUAUCCUGGUCAUCACUUUUGGCUUUGGUCUCUUCGUCGCCGUUGUCGAUAUCGUCCGCAUCGCAUAUCUGCAAUCUGCCUCAACAUAUCGUCUCAAUCAGAUUCUCAACUUUCAGCAGGACAACAGCUCAGGACGUGAUGUCGACGUGACCGAUUUCUCAUGGUACGCCUCAUACUCUUUCAUGUGGUCUGCCAUCGAGGUCAAUGUCGGUAUCAUGUGCGCCUGCGUUCCAGCUUUGAAGCCUCUGGUCUCUCGUUUUAUGCCACACCUUCUUCGUGAUGAAGGGGACGUGACGGAAAAGCAUUCUUCGGUUGAUCGCCAGCCUACCUUCGAGAUGGCCACGGCUCAACGAGUUCCAUCAAUGCAGGAUCCAGCCUAUCUCACUACACAACCAUCUCGCGAGCCUGUCGAAGAUUCUAACAUGGACAUGAUGGACUUCCUCACCACUCCUGACAUGCAAAAUUCGCUAGAGCGCUCACAAACCAUGUUGACAAAUUCUACCAGAAACACCAGCGCAGAUACACCAACCUUCUUUGAUUUCGUCAACCUCAAGAACCGAAAAAGUUUUGUUCAAAUGACUGUAAGAGAGUCUUUGUUCCCAGUCAUCAUGGUCACUGUGCUCUUCUUCAUCUGGGGUUUCGAAUACGGCCUUCUUGAUGUCCUCAACAGGCAGUUCCAGCGAGUUGCUCACAUGUCUUCGGCACAGUCCGUUGGCAUCCACAGUGCUUACUACGCUGGUUACUUCUUCGGACCGCUGACAUUUGGUCGCUUGGCCUUGAAACACUAUGGCUUCAAAGCGUGUUAUAUCAUUGGUCUCAGCAUAUACGCAUGCGGCAUUCUGAUAUUCUGGCCUGCUGCUGUUCUGACCUCUUUCCCGGCCUUUGUUAUUGUCAACUUCAUCGUUGGUCUUGGAUUAUCAACACUCGAGAUAUCGGCAAACCCAUUUAUCUCACUUUGCGGUCCCAUGCAGUACGUCGAAGUUCGCCUUAAUCUGAGCCAAGGGUUUCAAGCCAUCGGAACUGUCGUUGCUCCUCUCAUCGCCCAGAAAGCCCUCUUUGGACAGUCCCAUGACGCGCCUUCUCUGAUCAACACACAAUGGGCCUACCUUGGGAUUGCACUGUUCACUGUUGCACUGGCGGUCGCAUUCUUUUACGUCCCACUGCCAGAGGCUACCGACAAAGAGCUUGAGGAUGCCUGUGAGCGUAUGGACAAUGCCAACCACGCUACUGUUGGCAAGUUUAGGGUCAUCUGGUACACACUCGCCGUUGGCGCCUUUGCUAUGUUCUGUUACGUUGGUGCUCAGGAAGUUCUCGCAACAACCUUCGACGGCUAUCUGGCACUAGUCGCUCCAUCCUUCAACGAGACCAACUACAUGGCUAUUGGACAUGCUUUGUUUGCUGUAUCUCGGUUUGUGGCGGCAGGCGCAGGCUUCGUUAUCAAGCCACGACUCCUGCUUGUUUUCUUCCUCACAGGCACCCUUGUGUUCGCAGCUCUCGCGAUGAAUUUUACUGGCUCGACUGCCACAGCUAUGAUGCUUAUGGUGUUCUUCUUCGAAGGCCCACUUUUCAGUCUCAUCUUCGCUCAAAGCAUCCGCGGCAUGGGCAAGUUUACAAAAGAAGGCAGUGUCAUUUUGAUCGCUGCAGUCUCUGGUGGUGGUGUUUUCCCAGGCUUGUCCUACGUGGCUAAAGAAACGCACAACUCACAGUACGCAAUGUGCGUUGCUGUCGCAGGCUUUGCAGGUGCCACCUUGCUACCUUUCUACCUCAACUACAGCCCGCUUGCUCGUACUCUUUGUGAUCCUCUGAAGGACCCUAGCGAGAUGAGCGACGAAUCCCUGCCUGGUAGUUCCAAUAGCAGCGUUGCUAGUCGAGCGCUUAGCUUCUUCAGCAUCCGCAAAAAGAGUGCAGGUGAGAUGAAGACCGAAUGGCACGAACGUCAAGCGUCUGCCGACAGCUCUGCUUCUCCUGGUGCAUAUCCAUCAUCAUGA